AGAGGAAGAAAUCUUUUGAUUGCACAAGUCACAAUUAGAAAUGCAGAACUUUUAAACUGUGAGAUUAACCAGUCAUUAACAAGCCUCUUCAAGCCUCUGUUACUUUUUCUCUCUGUUAUCAUGAAGCAGAAGAAAACGGUUCGCAACCAGGCCAGAAAAGUUUAGGUAAAAAAAACUAGAAAACUACAAGCAUGGAUGAAACCAGUGUAGAUGGAGCCAAAAUGACAGACUCUCCAGGUGGAAAAACAGCCAUUAAGAGUGAAAAGAAGACAGAGGGAAACUCUUUCUUUAGCUGGCUGUUGGUGCUGGCUUUUCUGGGGGCUUGGCUGUCUGUGGGUGUCAUGUGGUUUGACCUAGUUGACUACAACAGUGUGGUUGGUACUCUUGGAGGAGUAUAUGAUGCUGAUGGUGAUGGAGACUUUGAUGUAGAAGAUGCCAAAGUUUUGUUGGAAAAUGCUACUGUGGCUGCUAAGGAAAAAACUUUAAGAAAAAAUAUCACAACAGAGGGAGACCAUAUCCAAGCAGGCCCUUCCAAGCCUACAUGUCUGACUGAGAAGCCUGUUAUGGUGGCAUCACCAGAGAACCCCUUAGGAGAAAAAGAUUCUCUACCUGGUGAAAACAGAGAGUUCACAACAGAGGAAUCAAGAACUGCAAACCAAAUUUCACCAGAGUCGCCACCUGCAACUCAGCCUGUGCCUACAUCAGUCUCCACACCUGAAUCGAUUACUGAGACAACAGAAUUUACAGAAGAACCCUCAGUAGAGUCCAAAGAAGAAAAAGAAGCCAAAAAGAAGAAACCAAAACUUCUUAAUAAAUUUGACAAAACAAUCAAAUCUGAGAUCAACGCUGCAGAGAAAUUACGCAAGAAGGGGAAAAUUGAAGAAUCUCUCCGUGCUUUUGAAGCUCUUGUCCAGAAGUUCCCACAAAGUCCGAGAUGCCGAUAUGGUAAAGCCCAGGCAGAAGAUGAUUUGGCAGAGAAAAAGCGCAGUAAUGAGAUGCUGCUGAAGGCAGUGAACUCGUACAGGGAAGUAGCCGAGCUCCCAGACGUACCACCUGACCUCGUCAAAGCCACAUUAAAGAGAUGUGCAGACAGACAACAGUUCUUAGGUCGUACAAAGGGAUCUUUGGCUACUUUGGAGAAGCUAGUUCAGAUUUUCCCAGAAGACAUCAGCUUAAAGAAUGACUUGGGAGUGGCACAUCUGCUUCUGGGUGACAACAAGGGUGCAAAACGAAUAUAUGAGGAGGUUUUAGCUCGCGCCCCACAUGAUGGAUUUGCUAAAGUGCAUUAUGGGUUCAUACUUAAAUCCGAAAACAUGAUUGCAGAGAGCAUACCGUACCUCAGGGAGGGUUUGGAGACUGGAGAGCCAGGAACUGAUGACGGAAGAUUUUACUUUCAUCUCGGGGAUGCUCUACAGAGAACAGGAGACAAGAGUGCCUAUGACUGGUAUGAGGCUGGACAUCGGCGAGGUCACUUUGCCUCUGUAUGGCAGAGGUCUCUGUAUAAUGUCCCAGGGCUUCGUGCUCGACCUUGGUGGACGGCUGAAGAGACUGGAUAUACAGCUUUAGUCAAGAUGUUGGAACGUAACUGGUUGACCAUCAGAGAUGAAGCACUGUCAGUGUUAGACAGCAACAGUGGGCAGUUCUUGCCUGAAGAUGAAAAUCUGAGAGAGACAGGAGACUGGGGCCAGUUUACACUGUGGCAGCAGGGUCGAAAGGUUGCUGCUUCAUGUCGCUAUGUCCCUAAAACCUGUGGUUUGCUCGAACGUUACACAGAGGCCACCAGCUGCAAAAGAGGCCAGAUAAAGUUUUCAGUAAUGCAAGCUGGUACUCAUGUAUGGCCUCACACUGGUCCCACCAACUGUCGUCUACGAAUGCAUCUAGGCCUUGUUAUCCCUUCUAAGGGAUGCAGGAUUCGUUGUACAAACCAAACCAGGGAGUGGGAAGAAGGAAAAGUGUUAAUAUUUGAUGACUCAUUCGAGCAUGAAGUCUGGCAGGAAGCAGAAAGCUUCAGACUCAUCUUUAUUGUGGAUGUCUGGCAUCCAGAACUCACCCAAUUACAGAGGCAGACUCUGUCACCAAUAUAGACGAUUUGUUUAAAAACUGAGUUUUGAAAAGUAGGUCAACGGCCAAUCGGAGUGACAGAUUUACUGUCCUUAGCCAAUCACAGAUUUCAUAAAUCACAAAUAUCUGUUGUGCUGUCCUGUGGGUACUGAUUACAAGGCAAUUUGAAUGUAGAAGUCUUAUGAAAACAAUCAUGCUGAUAGUUGUAAGUAAUAUAUGUGGUUUUUGAAAAAAAUUCAAGGGUUUUAAAAAGACAGUUCACCUAAUAUUCAGUAUCUUAAUUCUGGUAAAGCAAAUACGAUUUGUAAUCUUGUUUCAGAAGCAUGUUUUUAGGGCUCAACAGUAAACAGUAAAAUGAAAGAUACAAUAAGGAUAAAAAAAUGUACAUUUUGAGAUUUAUAUCUUAGGUUAGUUUGAAGGGUUACCUCUAGUAAAAUAACAGUACGAGUAAUGAGAUGCAUGUUAUGGGACCAAUGAAGAGAUCAGAAUAUGAGAGAAUGAGUUGUAUUUGCUCUUUCUUUCUGAAAAAAAAGGAGACCUCAGUCACUUUUUGUAGAAAUAUGAUUGAAUGUUGCACUGUAUGUUGUGGGUUACUUUAUAUAAUGUGUGUCCAGGUGAAUACAUAAAUGAACAGAUGUGUUAGCUAUAAGAAAUGAGUGCACAGCCAUAAAACAAAAUCACUUUGUGCCUUUUCCAACUUGGGAACUAUUCUGUUUUUGUUUGUUUUUGUGAAAUGUGAUGUGGAUAUAUUUUCUUCAGAUUCACUGCAAGCACAUUUUAUUAACACUACAAAUUCUACAUGAUUUUUGUAUACACGUUUGUUUGAAUAAUUUCAUCAUGUGAAAAUGUCUGUUCUUUGUAUUGUUUGGGAAGUAUUCAGUUUUGAUAUGUCUGAAAAGAACAAUAAUAAUAAUUUAUCUCAAUUAUAAUUCAGUUUGAUUCAUUUUCAUGUCACGUGUACGUGAAGUUCCAAACUGAAAAUUAAAUAAUAAUGAUAAUAAUAAU